AGUUCUAUAGUCAUAUAUUUUCCAAGAAUGUUUUCAAGUAAAAAGGCAUUUUAGCAUGUUUGCGAAAAUUAGGGUUAUUCAAGUCUUAAAUCAAUUUUUUGGCUCUUAUAGAUAGUCAAGGGCAGUUAAGAAACAAGCUCUGUAAAUGUUGAAAUAACAUAUCGGUGUUUUCUUUGAACACAGUUUUUUAUCUGCGCAUGCGUGGACAACGUGUUUUGUCAUAUUUAUCUUGAAACGUGUGAUCAUUAAUAAAAACCACUUUCAUAAAAAAUUCAAAUUCUUCUGGUUGUGUGAGAUUACGAAAGAAUUUUCACAUAUACACUUUAUUCAAGCGAUUCGUUUGUUCUGAAUUAUUUAUAUGUUAAUAUUUAAACUAUUUUUUACCCUUAGUGACCCCCCUUUAAAUAUUUAAUAUUUUUUUGUCACUUUAGUAGAAAAAAGUAGAGAAGAAAACAUUAAAAUUUAAAUAUUCUAUUUUCUUCUUCUUCCAAAUGAAAAGUCUGAAUUUUGCACAUUGUGAACUUAAGUGAUAAAAAUAAUUUUUAUAUAAUUUGAAAAUGGAAAUGGUACAAGGACACUAAUUCUGUUUCUUCUUUUCUUCUUCUCUUCUUGCGUAGAAGUGAUGUUACGUUUUUCUUUAUCGUUGUGAAAUUAACGUAACCGGUAAGAAAAGAAGUUUCAUGAACGAAAAAGAAAAUGAAAAAGAGGAGGUAAAGAUGCAAAAGUUAAAGAAUUUGUAUUAAUCAAUCACUAAAGACAAAAUGCCGAUGUUGAUUUCAAACCCCACAACAAUUCCGAAAAGUAUGGAGAACAUCUCGAGAAGUGGUGUUGAUAUCGAUGAAGCGGUACGAAAGAGUUUUAGUUGCGCAGUGAGAAACAGUUUGAGUAAGUUCUCGAAAAAUACGGUAGAUUGCAUCACGAAAAUCGAUCGAAAAUCGAGAAAAAACGAUAAGAAUUCGAAAUUAAGUAAAAUAGCUACAUCUUCGUUGAAAAGUAAAAAUUUUCGUGUCACUAUUCAGCCUAGUGUUUUGAAGAAGAAUAUCAAAAAAGAAGUCGACGAAGACGCGGAAAACUCGAAAACAGAACGUUUAAAUAACGAUUUGUGUCGAUUAGACGAUAGUUUAACGAACUUGCAAUGGCUCACAGAUGUACGAGUUAACGAUAUACUCGAUGGCAAACCUCUUCCAUACGCUCCACUUUCACCAGCUCCAUCGAAUUCGAGUGAGGAUGGUGAGGAAGCUAAAUGCGUAAAACGAGAGCCCCGACAUUUUUCGGAUUCCUCGAUUGAUUAUCGAAACAACCGAGAUCUUAAACCACCUUAUUCGUAUGCAGCUUUGAUCAUAAUGGCAAUGAAAUCAAAAAGUUGCGCGAAAAUGACAUUAAGUGAAAUAUAUAAAUGGAUUACUGAUAAUUUUUCAUUUUAUAAACACGCCGAUCCAAGCUGGCAGAACUCCAUACGACACAACCUUUCCCUAAAUAAAUGCUUUGCAAAAAUUCCCAGGAACAAAGGUGAUCCAGGCAAAGGAGGUUAUUGGAGAAUCGUCCCCGAGUUUGCUAAUAAACUUCUGGAGAGCAAUAUUCGCAAACGCCGUUCCUCCAUGAUGGAUUUUAAUUGCCAUGACAUCAUCAAAAGACAACGUUUAGAUAUAUUCGAAAAUCAACUUCUAUGCAAAAUAAAACCAGAAAUCAAAACUGAAAACAAUAACGCUUCGGCGAAUUUCUUAUCAAAAGCAACGCUUGCACGUGUUUCAAACAGAAGCACGCCCAUUCAAGCAGAUUUAGAGCACUGCAGAAUGGAUCACCCGUACGGAAAGAAUCCGUAUGUGAAGUAUGAUCCGGCAGACGAAGAGAAUAUUCGAGCUCUCGCUAAUAACUUACGACAAACUGUUUCGAAUGUUGAGAUAGGUUCAGUCUCGACUGCUGUCAACUCGGACGGUCUGUCAAGCUCUCAGGUGUUUAACACGUUUUCAAGCGCAAUAAGGACUGAUUGUAUAUGGAGUUCGCAACUAGUACAAGCUGACAAUUUAACGGAAAGCAUGUCGAAAGUGACGGAAGAAUUACUUGAAGCCAGAAAUCAUUCAUCCACGUCAGAUUUCUUAUCAAAAACACUUGUAAAUAGUUUGAACAGUUCUGGAAGUUUGAUUCCGUCACCUUUUUGCUUGAGUCCGCCAUUGUCAGGUGAUGACGACUGUUUUUCCGAUGAUCUCGACGAGUUUGACGACGCACCGCCAGAUUUUACUGACGAUAUUAACCUAACCAUUCGUGGGACAAGUAUGACGCUAUUACAGCCGACGCCGGAGUUAAUUGCGUCGGGUUACUUUGAAAUUAAAGAAGAACCAGUAUCGCCGGGACGAAUUGAAUGUGAAGAAUAAAGGAAAAAUUCUUACGAAAAGAAAUUGAGGUUAUUAUAUGACUAUUUAGUCUUAUAUCAAGUUGCUUCUCGCGAGCUAUUUAUUUAUACAUAAUUAGUAGUAUUUGAAGAAUAACGUCUCACAAUUUGUUAGCGGUUUAUGAAAGAAAAUAUUCUUUACUCUCUUUACACAUAGAAAAUCGUUUAAUCUAAUAUUUUAAAGUUUUAGAUUGUUUUUUGCAAAUAAAUCCCUGAUGUAUUUACCUUGCGUCUUCGUAGGAAUGUUCUUUGCAGUUUCAUACGUGUUUGAAUGUUAAGCUAGUCAUAUAUCUUGUUCUUUCAUCAAAAGUUUUAUAAUGGUUUUUGGUACUGGAGAUUCUAACGUUUAGCUUUUUAAUCGAAUUGUUUUACUUUCCAACUACGUCAUUUCUUCAAGCUGAAAGCAAUGACGCGCUAAAUGAUUAAAAAUUGUUUUCUAUUGUAAAAAUGUAUAUUAUUUUAACUUAUUUUACGUAAAUGUAAAAAGUACUGGGUACAAGGUUUCACCUUGGUUAUGUUUAUAACAGAUUUUGUUUAAUCUA